AUGUUCUUUCCCAAGAAGGACAUUGAUGAGGAACAUCGACCGUUCCUUGAGGCCCCUAACUUGGAUCGUUCACAUAUUGCUCUCAUCAAGGACUUCCUCCAAAGUCCCAUAAAUUAUACUUAUUCAAUCAGCAGCAUUAUAGAAAAGGAGGAAGACUUGGAAAAUGAGUGGAUGUUACUGCAGCGGGAUGGGGUUUUAUUUGGCAAAUUACUGGACAAAGUGCUUAGGUGUCUUGUAGACCACUUGUACUCUCUGGUUCCAAAUCCAAAUCUUGUGUCUCCAGAGAUGAGGGAAUCUCUUGCGGUGAGCUUGGUGGCCAGUUUCCCGAAACUAGCACAGAAGUCGAGGGAAGGUGAAACACCAUGGGGUUGGCUCUAUGAUCGUGCAAACAACAUAGGAAAAAUUGCUAACAUUGUUCAAAACAAACAAAGGGCGCAAAAGGAAAAAAGGCUCCGAGGUGGAGGAACAGACAAAAGUAAGAAAGCUGCUAACAAAGAGAAUCUUGUUCCAGACCUAGCAUUAUUGAAUCAAAUCCCUGAUUCUGUCCUGAGCAAAGAAGCAAAGUUUCUCAAAUUAUUAGCUGCUAAUGACACAAACAAGAUGGAAAUUAUUGCAAAGCUCAAAGCCACUUUUCAGGAAAGGAGACAACUGAUACUUGAGGGGAAAUACACUGUCAGUGCUGUGACACAAGUUUUUCACCAUUUAAGAUCUUUCAGGGGAGAAAUGGUUGAACUGGAAUUCAGAGGAAUAUUUUCAGGGAAAGAAAAUGAAUUCUUGAUGCAGUUUUCAGAUGUUGCAUCAAAGUUAGUUACACUGGCAGAAGAGGACCCAGUUAAAUACACUGACUGCCUUCCCUUCAAAGAUAUCUGUUUGAACGCAAUGUUGGUGCUCAAGAAAUACCUCCCCAAACCUGUCAAAUGCUAUAAGUGGGAGAACUUAAUGGAUCCAGUUGGAAAAGUUUCUGACUUAAUUGAGGUCUUGCCAGUUGGUACAAAUGUUCAAAACAGCAUUGAAACCAGGAGGCAGCUUGCGAAGAUGGCCAUUCAACCCUACCUUCUAGCAAUAGGCACUUGUGAUAAGGUGGAAACAUAUUUCAUUGUAUUGGGUGAUAGCCAGUAUGUAAUGUUGCCCAGAAACACGGAAGCAAUUCGGGCAUUAGAUUUAUUAUUUAAGGUACAUUUUGUGUUAAAUGUACAUUACUGCCUAGCGUGGAAAAAUGUGUAUCGAUUCAUUGCAGCACACAUCUAUCAUCUUCCUCCUGAAAACAAACGCCUCUCAGUUUUUACAGAGAAAUGGUUGCAUUUGACUAGCCUUUGAACUCUCUAGCUGCUUGACAUUGUUUAGUUUACUUUCAUGAUAACCAUUGGUUCAUUGCAGCCUGCAUUUAUUAUUUCCUACCAGAAGGCAAUUAUUUUCUCUUGUCAAUUUUGGACUUAUUUAAAAUUAUUUAGUUUAUCAU